AUGAAGGUCCGCAGCAUCUACCAGCAUGAGGCCUUCCUGUUCGACGAAACGAAGAUGGAAUAUGGGUCUUGGUAUACGUAUUUCACCCGCAACCCGCCGUAUGUAGAUCGGAUCGUGGUGGUGACGAUGGGCACGUUUUCUUCUCUAUCCAUCAUCACGAAUCUCGUCGCGAUCAGAAUCGUUCAAAAGAAUCCAAGUCUUACGGAUUUUGUAUGCCACAAUAUCACCCUCGACCAUGCGCUACGAAUCGUGAUAGCGUUAAUCGUACUGUAUCAAGCUUGCUAUAUCGAAACUUAUGGCACGGCCUCAGGAGCAUAUAUCACCGGUUUACUCCGAAUAAUUCUCGAACUAAACGGAAUCACCACUUCGAUCGAGUGGAGCAUGCAAAUCGCCGUCUACCUAUUGGCGCUCAGCCUCUCGGUCAGCCGCUUCCUUUCGGUCGCCUUUCAAAGCCGAUUCUUUGACAUCACGCGCUAUUUUAAAUAUGCUCAGCCAAUUUUGGUGCUGCUUCCAUUUAUCGCCAUUUUUGCCUAUCAAUAUGCAACUAACACCUCAUGCCAUUUUCUCGUGCUCACCUAUAUGAUUGGCGUUGUCGGAGAGCAGGCCGUGAACAGCCCCGAACUUGCAGGCUUUUUGGUAUUUCAACAGAUUAUUCGCAUUUUCACGAUGGCAAUUACCUGCAUAUCAUUUUCAUUGGAUAUCGCGACUUAUUGGUUGCUUCGGAAAAGUCAGAAAAAGUUCAAGAAAACGCGCGGGGCCGAGGUUCGACUUUUACAACAGAUGCUAUUAAACCAUAUUUAUGGCCUAUCUGCUACUGUCGCGGGUGUCGCUUGCUCCUCAUUUUUCUACGAUACCUACACCUAUCGAAAGUGGCUGCUUUUUAUCCCAACCACACUUCUGCCAUUAUUUUUGAACGUAUUGGCUGGCCUGAUGUCCGUGCUUUUCCUCAGGUCAGGCAGUAAGACUCCAACUGUAGAAAAUACGCAGGAUUCGAUGGUAACCGGCGCAUUUUACUGCUGUAUAAGGCCUCGUGUUAUAAUCGUCCAACAAUCGAUUUCUGGACCACAAAGGUCC